AGUUUUACACAUUACACAGUUUUGUCCGUACUUUUAAGUAGCCCGUUCAGUUCUCCGUGUUUUCAAUUUUGCAUCUCAGUGUUCCCAAAACUCUGAAAACAACAAAUUGUUGUUCUCUGAAAACCUCAACUUUGUUAUCUCAGGUUUUCAUAAAACAGAUCCAAGCAGACCUUUUUUGCAGUUUUCAAAAUUUUGAUACUAUAAAAAUAGAAAACAGUUUUCAUAAAUCCAUUCCAAGCAGGGCCUUAGUCCCUCGGCCCUUACACACUUUGGGCAGAAAACCGAACCCGUUCUAGGCCCAAAUUUAACAUCCACCGACAAAGGUUGUAUAAUUUACGCGAUAUAUUAGGGGAUUGAAUGGAGCAAGGAAUAAAUACGCAGCGAGCGAGGGGGCAAAUCUAAUCUAAGACGCAACGCACAGAGAUGGAGAUGGAGAUGGAGACGGAGAGGAGGGAGAGGGAGAGGGAGAGGCAGAGGUUAGCGAAUAUGGGUACGCAACGCACAGAGAAGGAGAUGGAGAGGGAGAGGGAGAGGGAGAGGGAGAGGUUAGCAAAUAUGGGGACGCAACGCACAGAGAUGGAGAUGGAGAUCGAGAGGAGGGAGAGGGAGAUGGAGAGGAGGGAGAGGGAGGUUUUGUUAGCGACUAUUGGGACGAAACGCAGACAGAAGAUUACCCAUCGACCUAAUGAAAGGAUUGGUCCCAAUCAGUGCCUAAUGAUAACCGAACUUCCGAUGAGUCUCAUGUGCGACUCUUGUGGCAACCGCAUGCCCAAAUGCUCAAAGAUUGCCGUCAUACAAGAUGCCUCAAUCAUAGGACAGGAACGAGUAGGUUGUUCAUCUUGGACCAAGAUGCACUAUGAUUGCACCAAUCCAAAUUGCAUAGCUGAGAUCACGGUAAAGCGUAAGGGCUACGAAAUCGUUGUUGUGUCUGGUGCAACUUCCUAUUUCCGGCCAGAGGAUGAGAAAUUGGAAUAUUUUCCGAAGACGAUAUCCUAUCGCAGCUCUCGAGGGAAUCCUGCUUUUCGUAGCAGCCAGUGUAACGACCCACUCCACCACAUAAUAUGAUAUUGUCCGCUUUGGGCCUGAGCCCGCACGGUUUUGUUCUUGGGCUUCACCCCAAAAGGCCUCAUACCAAUUGGAGGUGACACAUUUAUAUAUAAGCACUUCACCUUUCCUCUACCCAGGCGAUGUGGGAUUGUGCACCUGUAGCUCGCCAGUGUAGUAGCCUGACAGUGUCUCUCGCACCCGCCCACGGCACACCCGCCCACAAGGUCAUCACAAUCCACCCCGCUUGGAGGCCCGACGUCCCCGUCACCACAUUUUCGGCUGGGUCAGGCUCUGAUACCAUUUGUAAUGACCCACUCCACCACAUGAUAUGAUAUUGUCCGCUUUUGGCCUGAGCCCGCACGAUUUUGCUCUUGCGCUUCACCCCAAAAGGCCUCAUACCAAUUGGAGAUGACACACUUACAUAUAAGCACUUCACCUUUCCUCUACCCAGGCGAUGUGGGACUGUGCACCCGUAACUCGCUAGUGUGGUAGCCUGACAAUGUCUCUCGCACCCGCCCACGGCACACCUGCCCACAAGGUCAUCACAAUCCACCCCCCUUGGAGGCCCGACAGCACACUUCCGGCUGGGUCAGGCUCUGAUACCAUUUGUAACGACCCACUCUACCACAUGGUAUGAUAUUGUCCGCUUUGGGCCUGAGCCCGCACGGUUUUGCUCUUGGGUUUUACCCCAAAAGGCCUCAUACCAAUUAGAGAUGACACACUUACAUAUUAGCACUUCACCUUUCCUCUACUCAGGCGAUGUGGGAGUGUGCACCCAUAGCUCGCCAGUGUGGUAGCCUGACAGUGUCCUCGCACCCGCCCACGGCACACCCGCCCACAAGGUCAUCACAAUCCACCCCCCUUGGAGGCCCGACGUCCCCAUCGGCACACUUCCGGCUGGGUCAGGCUUUGAUACCAUUUGUAACGACCCACUCCACCACAUGGUAUGAUAUUAUCCGCUUUGGGCCUGAGUCCGCACGGUUUUAUUCUUGGGCUUCACCCCAAAAGGCUUCAUACGAAUUGGAGGUGACACACUUAUAUAUAAGCACUUCACCUUUCCUCUACCCAGGUGAUGUAGGAUUGUGCACCUGUAGCUCGCCAGUGUGGUAGCCUGACAGUGUGUCUCGCACCCGCGCACGGCACACCCGUCCACAAGGUCAUCACAAUGCUCAUGUGGCUUAAGCUGCCUAGAGGCAUACGCUACCACCUUAUCAUCUUGCAUUAAUACACAGCCAAGACCCUGAUGUGAUGCAUCUGUGUAGAUCAAAAAUCUCUCACCACUAGCAGGAAUGGUAAGAACUGGUGCUGAUGUCAAUCUCGUCUUCAGCUCCUCAAACGCCUGCUCACAGCGGUGGUCCCAAACAAACUUCACAUCCUUCCGAGUCAACCGGGUUAAAGGUGCAGCAAUCUUGGAGAAACCCUCAAUAAAGCGCCUGUAGUAUCCUGCCAGUCCUAAGAAGCUACGAAUCUCAGUGACAGUAGUAGGCCGUUUCCAACUCAUUACAGCCUCCACCUUGGCAGAAUCUACUGAAACUCCAUCCUUAGAGAUCACAUGCCCCAAAAACUGAAUCUGCUCCUGCCAAAAGUCACACUUCUUAAACUUAGCAUAGAGCUGAUGCUCACGCAAAGUCUGAAGUGUAAUGCUUAAGUGUCUCUCAUGCUCCUCUUUAGUCUUGGAAUAUAUCAAGAUGUCAUCAACAAAUACUACAACAAACUGAUCCAAGUAAGGUCGAAACACUUGGUUUAUCAAAUCCAUAAAAGCUGCCGGAGCGUUAGUCAACCCAAAAGGCAUGACUAAAAACUCAUAGUGGCCAUAACGAGUCCUGAAGGCAGUCUAAGGAAUAUCCUCCUCCUUAAUCCUUAGUUGAUGGUAUCCAGUCCUUAAGUCAAUCUUAGAAAACAACUGCGCCCCUCUAAGUUGAUCAAACAAAUCAUUAAUGUGUGGCAAUGGGUACUUAUUCUUAAUAGUGACCUUAUUCAGCGCACGGUAGUCAACACAUAAGCGGAGUGACCCAUCUUUCUUCUUGACAAAUAAAACAGAUGCUCCCCAAGGUGAUGUGCUAGGUCGAAUAAACCCCUGAUCUUGCAACUCUUGAGUCUGCUUCUUCAACUCACUCAAUUCAACUGGCGCCAUUCUGUAGGGUGCCCUAGAGAUAGGUGAAAUACCAGGAGUGAGGUCGAUGCAGAAAUCCACUGCCCUCCUAGGAGGCAAACCCGGAAUAUCCCGAAACACAUCUACAUACUCUGACACUGUAGGCAACUGCUCUAUAGUCACGCAUUGCUCAACCACCUCGAUGUGGGCCAGAAAUCCCAUAGUCAUGGUGCCCUCAAACUCCCCACACUUAUAUCGAGAAGGUAACUGUCCCGGAACUGAGAAUAAAAUAAUCCUCUCAUGGCAGUCCAACUGAGCAUGAUAUCUAGCCAACCAAUCCAUACCCAGUAUAGCAUCAAAUUCUCUCAUACGUAAUACUAUUAAAUCAAUAGGAUACUCCAACUCCCCAAUUAUAACAGGGCAAGCACGGCAUAUUCUAUCAAGUGUCGUCGCACUCCCGAGUGGAGUUGUAAUAGAUAAGGCAUUACUUAUAUGUCCAGGUUCUAAUCCCAGUGUAUCCACAAAUGAUAGUGCAAUAAAAUAAUAUGAAGAACCUGAAUCAAAUAGUACUCUAACUAUACUGCCAUAAAUAGUAAGUGUACCUUCCACUGCUGGUGGUGCACGAUCCUGUCUCCCAUCUGGAACAACUGCAUAAACCCUUGCACCUCCCUGUUGCUGUGGUGCCUGACCUUUCUGCUGGUUAUUCUUGUGAGGCUUAGGACAAUUACGAGCCAAAUGUCUUUGCUCACGACAAUUGUAGCAAUGCCCGCUGAACUGAUAUGGCUGUGCAUCAUGAGGUGUGGCUGGUACUAAAGUUGUGGAUUGCUCACCUUCACCAACUCUCUGCCGUUUCCCUGCUCGCCAAUCUUGUCUACCUCUCUGCCAAGACUGACCCUGCCAGUUUCUCUGAGUCUGCGAGGACAUUAUUUUUUUAAAAAAUAUAUAUAUAAUAUUAGCACGAUACAGCGUGAUAGGACGUAGAUCCAGAGAGAGUGAUCUGACGUCGUGUCUUUCUGCAGUAGCUGAGGGAAGGAACGAUAAGUGGGAAUUCGCGUAGGAAGGAAGAGUUAAUUACCCAGGCAAGUUAAUCUUGCAUUGUAGUUCUAUAUAUAUUCGUAACUUCUUAAAAAAGAUGUAUAUUUUAACAUAUUUUAAUAUCUUGUUGCAAGUCACUGUGAUGAUGAUUAAGAAUACAUUAUAAAUUGGUUGCAUAAAUAUUGUAUUUAAUCAAGUAACC